AUGGAAAAGAUUAAGGGAUCAAGGGUUUCAAGACUUCACAUCCCAGAUGAUGUGACCUUCAACAUCCUUAAAAGACUCUCAGCCAAAUCGCUGAUGAGAUUCAAAAGCGUUUGCAAGUCAUGGAAUUCCCUAAUUUGCGAUCCUUGUUUCGCCGAUUGCCACCAUAUCCGAUCCCAGACCAGGCCUGAUGCUUCCUAUAUUUUGUUCUAUCUGUUUAGACCUAAUUACAAAGCAUUAGCACUUUUCCCAACAAAUUCUGAAAAGGCAAGCCUUUCCAAUCAACUUCCUGUCCAUAAAUUGUACCCAAGAUUCAUACCUUGCACUAACGUUGUCAAUGGCCUAAUCUGUUUGUGCAGUCCCAAUAAUCUUGGGCUCCUUCACCUCCUUAACGUCACUACUGGGGAAAAAAUAGCCCUUCCGCCUGGGAAACGAUGUCAUGUUUUCGGAUAUCGUCAGUUACAUCGGCCCCAUUAUCACCUAGGAUUCGAUCCUGUCACCAAGAAGUAUAAAUUGCUCUAUUUCCAUAAAGAUACAAGAACAAAUAUCAUAAUACAAUGUCUCAUUCUUACAAUUGGAUCCAAAUCAUGGAGGGCUAUAGAUUGUCCGGAACCUCCACUACUAAGUGGAACCACAAUUUCAGUUGAUGGAGCAAUCUAUUGGAAGGAUAAAACGUUCAUCAGUGGCAAAAAAGUUGUACUAUAUUUUGAUAUUGGAGAGGAGAAAUUUGGAGCUGUUGCUGCUCCUCCUGAAACUGAUGGCACUGAAGGAACAACUACUUCACUGAUCCAACUUGGGAUGAAUGUAGCUUUCUUGAGCAUUGACAACAAAAGCAGAAAUUGGAUGUCUUGGUCGCUGAACAAGGCUGAUCAGGUGUGGGUGAAGGAUGAAAAAUAUUUUAAGGAUUCAUUUUUGGGUUACUGGGACUGCGUUGAUAGAAUAAUCGGCACCACGAACACGGGCGAAGUCAUGCUAACAGUACUCAAGCGAAGAAAACCAUGGUAUUUUCAUAUGGAAGAAGAGAAGCACGGCAGAUCAGAGUUUUAUGAUAUGGAAACAGGAAAGAGUAGGACUACUUCUACACUAACUCUGCCCAGGCUGCCUGUAGAAACAACCAAUUGGGAUCCAGGGUUAAGGAAAAUUGUUGACAGAAUCCUGAUUGCCGUUGGUGGUCGAAGUGCGUGGCAAACACUGUCCUUUGACUGA